AUGUCGCGGACACAGGAAAGUUUAAGUCGACAGAAAGUAUCCAAAUCGCUUCAGUUUGGCACAGGCGAAGCUACCACUUGCACUUCUUCUGCUAAUUCGAGUUAUCAGGAUUUUUCUUCAUGGAAACGGCCUGUGCCUGCUUACCUUCCUGGUUUUUUAUCCCCAAUUCAAAGUCAGCCGAAUCUUCUGUUGAGUGCUUUCCCAAGUCAAAAUAUGGCAAGUCCUCGAAGUGCACAUGCAUUUCUUCCCGGAGUGACUUCAACUCCAAGAUCAUCCGGCGUCCAAGAACAGAGUCAAGUGCAACUAAAACUUCAGUAUCCCAGUAAAAAUGUAAACAAAUCUCUAACUGGUUCAUAUCAGUCCAUUGGAAAAGCGUUAGCACAUGGCGUUCCGUCACAAAUUGCGGGAGCUGUUAUGAACUGCCAUUCAGUGCGAAAGUAUAUUGUGGAAAAGGUGUUGAAGAUCGUCAACAAAGAAGUUGCCGAAUUAUGUUCAACAAGAAAGCCAUCAAUUUUAAGGAAAAUUGAAAAGAAAGAUUUGGAGAAGUUUGACCUACAGUUAGUUUGUGAUGAGUGGCGUGAACGAGCUCCCGUUUUUUAUUCAUUCCUUCUCACUUCGGCUAUCAAUAAAAGAACGAAAUCUUUCGACUGGUUUGGAAGCUUGGCUAUCGCAGGAUCAAUUCUGUUGAAACAGCGAAACAAGGACAUGAGCGCUGCUGCAUCUGUGAUAGGUAUUCUCCUGAAAAGCAAGUCUGUUGAGGUGCGAUUCGUUUUAUUGAUCUUGAGCUUAUUUUACUUUUUAUACUUUUUAUUCACUUUUAUUUCGUGUCAUACGUAUCUGAAAUUGUUCAAGCUAAAUUACUGGACAUUUAUUAUUUGAGGUCAAUCUGUAUUUGAUAAAACAAUACACACAAUAACGUCAUAAAACUGCUUUAUUCUCUGAAUGAUAAAAAUAAUCGUGGUAUUUAAGAAAUUUUUGUUUUAAAAGAUGCUAUUAAUCAUGAACUAAAAAAAAAAUCUUCAUAUAAAAGAGAUCUAUUUAAAAUGUAUUAUGAAAUUUCUAACAUAGGUCGUUCUUUGUGUCACAGGCAACCCUCGGUAGGCUCAACAGACUGAAGGUGACAAAUUCAAACAGUCAGAUUCUUUACACGUUGGACAAACUUGGGGGUGAUCAUGAUGCCCUCCUUUUGAAAGCAAGGGACACAAUUUCUCAAGAAAACUCCAAAGCGAUAGAGAUUCAAGAGAAGCAUAAAAAUAUUUGGAUGCAACAUGAAUCCCAUCAAACGUGCACAGCAGAGUGCCGCCAAGAGCAAACUAAAGUCAGGAUGGAGGAGUAUGAAUUCAAGAAAGCUGCACACCCUGGAUUUGUUAUUUCAUUUGGCAAUUUGGACUUCCAGCUACAGCGAAAGAGUAUGACAAUGCAAUCGCAAAACCGUGACUUUCAUUGGGUGAACCACCAAAUGAUUGAGAACAGGGUGUCUGGAGCACUCCUUGACUCCAAACAACCAAAAGCCAAUCUUCAGGAGUUGUCAAACCUGCAGUUUUUACCAACUAUUGAAGACCAGCAACGGCAAAGGUCCAAUUACCUGAUUUUAACAGCACGGUUUUUAGUGGAAUACUUUGAUGUUUUGAAGCCUUUAAAGGAAGCAUGCAUCUAUCAUAUUCCCCACAAAUAUACUGAAGAAAUGUCAAAGAAGUCAAAAAAGGUUAUUAAUUACUAGUUGAAUAAAUUGUGACAUUGUUAUCCAAAUAUUAUUUAUUCAAAAGGCUGACUAACCAUCUGAAUGCUUAUUAUUUUUAUACACUUUAUGUAUCCAUAAGUCAAGUCCAGUGGAAACCAACAAAUGUUUUCUCUUAAUCUCUGAAACCUUUCCAAGUAUAGUCUUGCUGUCAAUGUUUCGAACAAUUUCAAUAAGAGCUCUACAUGUUUGUUAGGAUUUCACCUCUGGUUCAAAAUGGUGUUGCAGAAAAUUAUAUACCAGGUGGCAAAAAAUUUGGGCAAAGAUGUUGCAUUAAGGGAAGAAAACAACAUUUGGAUUAGAAAUGACAUAAAUUUGAAAGAAGCAGGAAAUGUGGGAUCAGCAACCCUCCCCUCAAAAUUCUUGAGUUUGUGACAUCAUAUACUAAUAUAUUUUAUCUAUGGUAUUUUUUUAUCUCUAUAAAUAAUUUAUUUAUUAUUGUUUUGGUCAGGUUCCCCUGGGAAUUAUUUUCAAGAAUGAAAAUGUAAAUGAAGACAUGAUGUCAAUACUUCAACAAUUCCAUUCCUACCUCCUGCAAACAAGUGAUGGUGGUGUGGAUGGUCAGAUAUUUUCUGGUGACCAGCUCACUGUUGAAAGGGCUGUGAAUGUGAUUUCCUCAGUGGCAAAUGGCUACACCCCAAAGGACCGCUUGGAAGGCAUCAAUGUCCAAUUGGGGGACUGGCAUGCAGCUGUUAAAGUGCUAAGUGUAUGUUUAUGAUUGUAUUAUGCCUAAAAUAUUACUAGUUUGAUGUUCAUAAAUUUCCUAGUCAGCAAAAUGCUGUAAAUGUAAUGCUCUGAUUAACCUCUCUUGUGACCACCCACUGUAUGGAAACACCGUUGAAACACCUUUUUUUUACAAUGCAUAGAAUGAGUGAUACUAGAUCACUCAGAUCAUGGAAGAUUAAAGAAUAAAAUAAUUUAUUCUGUUAAGACGGAUUAAUUUACUGGUACAUCUGGUGCACCAUGAUUCAGAUAAUCUUGAAUCAUACAUUUGUAACUCAUGAACUGGAUAUCCACUCUCUUCAUCUUCCUUUUUGGAGGGUAUAUUUUCAAUUUUGUUGAAUUGUCUAGUGUUGUAUUUUUAGAUCCCUAUCAUAAAAAAAAAUUAUAGGAAAAUUAAAAUUUUUAGCUUACAGCGAAAUCACUGCAAAUUCAUAUUGUUUUUUUGUUUGUUUGUUUUCAACAGUUAAUCUACUCUAGAUUCUUUAGUGGAAAAUCUGGUGUAGACGUCUGCACCAUGUUUGCUGAUCGCACCCUAAUAAACAGAAGGAAUGUAACAAGUGAUACCCACUCUUCGUACCGAGCAACAGAGACUUUUUUUCAGUUGUGUUUACAUCAAGGGUAAUUGUUGCUGCCAUGAAGGUGUUAGGCUUUGAGAACAAGGCAGAAGCCCCCUCAAACCAUAGCUUGCCCACGAACUUAAAUUCAAUGAAGAAGGCAGAAAAGCUAGAUUGUCUGCUUGAAAUGUCAGCAAAGGUAGUUGAUGAAUUUGUUUUUCAACAUGCUUCGAACGUGAAUGACCUUGUGAAUCGUGUGGUCACUCAACAAGAAAGGGAUGAAGUUCUUAACCAUCAGCAACUGACACCCGAUGGGAGGUUUCCAUGCCGGUUCCCUGGAUGCGAGAGGUCAUUCAAGUAUAAUGGAAAGUCAAGAAGGCUCAUGAGUUAG